AUGUCAGGGGAGGGACCCGGAGAGAAAGACGGGGAGGACGGGAAGAGACCCGGAGAGAGGGACGAGGAGGACGGGGAGAGACCCGGGGAGGGACCCGGGGAGAGAGACGGGGAGGAAGGGAGGAGACCCGAAGGGAGGAGUCCCGGAGAGAGGGACGAGGAGGACGGGAAGAGAGACGGGGAGAAAGACGGGGAGGACGAGGAGUUGCAGGGAAGCAGAGAAGAUGUUGGGAGCCCCACUGCAACAGUGAAGGUGGUCCUGAUGCCAGGGGGCGUGGUCGUUACCAUGGCGUUCCCCAUCUCCCUCACCAUCCAGGACCUGAAGGUCCACUUCUCCUCCCGGCUCAGAGUGCCUGCCAGCGUCCUGAUGGUCUCUCUGAACGGGAGUGAGGUGGAGGAGCACCAGCCCCUGGUGGAUGAGUUGGGGGUCCUGCCCCAGGCACCGCCCCAGCUGGAGGUGCGCUCCAGUAACCCACGGCAACACCCCCUGCGCCCGGACCCUCCCUCUACCCUCACGGGCAUGGCUGACCUGCUGACGGUGCGCCUGCACAAAGGGGGGGGGUACCAGGAGGUUGUGGUGGAGGUGGAGCGUCCCCAGGAGAAGGUGUUCCUCGGGGGGUACAGACAGCGUCAGACGGGGGUCCUUUUCCACCACGCCGCCGUCCAGACGCAGCCCCGCCCCCGCCCCCCCCGGCUAGUGGAGGUCCACAGCCGGGACACACAGACCGUACUGGUUCAGGAACAGUCCCAGCAGUGCUCCAUCACCACCUCCACCCAGAUGACCUCCGUUGGCUUCUACGUCUCCUGCACAAAGGACAGGCUGGGCCCUGGCAACUACACCCCCGCCCAGGUGUACCACGCCCGGAGGCUGGCAGCGGUGCUGAUGCUGCAGAGCUACGUGCGGCGGUGGCGGGCGGUCCGUCUGGUGAAGGAGCUCCGAAGGGACAAGGAGCGCAGGCUGGCCUGGCUGAAGGAGAGGCAGAGGAGAAGCAGGGAGGAGGAGGAGGAGCAGAGGAAAGCUGAGCUAAAGCGCCGGAGAAACCCACAGAGAAAAGAGGACUUCAGCCUUCUAUACAGCUACCUGGAGAGGUGGAGGCAGGAGGAGGUGCAGCGUAUCUCCUCCACCCUAGAAGGAGCAGAGAGGAAGGCUGCGCUGUGCGCCCUGCUGGAGGAGGAGAGCCGCCACAUCGCCUCCCUGGGGAGCCACCAGCAGGCCUCCCUGCUGCGCCUCCAGGACGCGGCCACCCGGGCCCUGCUCCUCCAGGUCGCGGCCCCUUGCCGCUGGCAGGGGCGUGACGGCAUGUUUCUGACGAUGGCCACGCCCAGCAGCGUGCGUGCCCGCGAGCUGCAGGAGCUCUACGAGGUCAUCGCCGCCCGGGAUCCCGCCCCCACGUCAGAGGAGAGGCUGGAGGCGCUGAUGAAGCUCAGGGACACCGUCACCGGAUACAACUGCCAGCUGACGCGGGACCUUGUGGAGUUGAUUGACAGGGAGGCGGAGCUAAGGAGGCGCGAGGUGAAGCCGGCCAACCUGGAGGGUCUAAAGAAGAGGAUCUCCACACUCUUCCUCCAGUUCGUCAAGACGCCGACCUUUAACCCUGCCGUGGGCCGGCUGCAAGCGAGGGUGGAGGAGGAGAGGGUUCCCCAGCGGUCAGACCAGGGGUCCCAGACCCCCCAUGGGGUCCAGCCCCUCCAGGUGUGUCGUGCAUGCGGGGGCUGCCUGGCCCCCAACCAGCUGACAGUGUCGGCCGGCCCGCGCUCCGCCCCCCGCUGCGGGCCCUGCACGGUCCUGGAGAACCAGGGCCGCCUGCGCCGGGACCUCAACCCCUACAGGAGCCUCCUGGCCAGGCUACGGGCCGUGGAGGAGAGGCUCCACCCCCAGGACCACAUGACCCACCUGCUGGAGGAGGAGGACAUGCGCUACCUGGUGGAGGUGGUGUGGGGCGGGCGGUCGGCCCUGAGCGGGGCCCCCGGGCCCCAGGGCCUGGUGAUGGGCCCCUGGGAGCCACGCCAAGCCUGGAGCCCCUGGAACUGUCUGCUGCUCACCAGGGAGGAGAACCAGGCCCACCUGCUGGUCCCAGACCCACACCAGGCGUACGGCGCGGCCUUGGUGCGCUCGGUGAGGCUGAAGCACCUGCUGGCCAGAAACCACUUCACCCAGAUCACCUCCACGCUUCCACGCCUCCAGUACGCCCUCGGCAACCAGCUGGUCGCCAGGCCCAUCCCCAUGGAAACCGGCACUGCAGAGCCCUGCUAGUAUGGCGGGAUCCUGUCCUUACAUACAGACGGUUUAAUAAAGAUAAACGAUCUUUACGGCUUCUAAUACUGGUCCUCACCUUACGCUGACAGAAUGGUUAUUAUUAUUAUCUUAUCUGUCGUUGGUAUGUUGGACUGUAAAAGUACAAGAUGUUCC